GAACAAUUAAUCCACUUACCUUAACAAUAGCGAAAAAAAUCCCCGUAUUGCCGCUAAGUGGUAUAAAAUAUCCAAUUCCCGCUGAGCACCUCACAGUUUUCGAAAAGAAAUCACCCAAGAUGAAACUAGUAGUGACCGUUUUGUGCGCAGCUCUUUUUGCUCAGGCCCUGGGAGGCACUCUGGGCUCAGGCAAAGACGAAGCAAAAUCCGCCCUUGAAAAAUUGCUAGCGGUCAUCGACAAAGCCCUCACUGAAGCCCAAUCCACUUUGGAUAAAGCCAUGACCACCGUCAAUGAGAAAGUCACUGAAGUGACCAGUUCAGCCAAAGGUGAACUGGAUAAAGUGUUAGAACCGUUGCAAACGAAACUGGAUGAUUUGGUUGCCACUGCUACUGCUGCCGGUUUCGACGUAACACUGUGCCAAGAUUACAUCGACAAGUUCUCCAACAUCCCCAAUGACAUGGUGGACAACCUCGGAAGUUGUAUCACCGCCCAAGUGUCCAAAGCGCAAUCGUACGUGGACGAUGCUCUUAAUAACGCCAAGGCUAUGGAGACGAGCAUCGCCUCCCUCGAUACCGACAUUGACAAUUGCUCCGGUAACGCUAUUAAGAAGGCCAAGUGCUACGCGAAGAUCAUCGAGGAGAUCGCCAAAGACACCUCGUCCGCCCCCCAGCAUAUUGUAGAAGACGUAGCCAAAGCCACCGCUUUGGUCACCGAGAUCAUUCCCACUUUGGAGACUUGCUCCAUUAAUCAGGUGAAGAAGGCUGGCGAAGAUGCCGCGGAAGACGUUGCCAAUUUUGCCAUUUGUGCUGCUGUUUAAUUUGUUAGUUUAAGGUUACAUUAUAUAUGUAUAUAAGCAAUAAAAAUUAUAUAUUUUUUUUAAA